AUGGCUGAAAAUUUUCUGAAGAAAGCCAAAGGGAUCCAUUAUGGCUACGGGAAGGAGAAUUACAAGGAAGGAGUACCAUUACUGCCAGCAUUUCAUCCGGAUGUGUUCACAGAAUCUUUAGCAAAUUUUAAGAUGUUUCCUGAUGAUAUCUACUUUACUGGCUACAUGAGAACAGGCACAUACAUUGGCUUAGAGGUGCUCCAACUGAUACUGAAUGAUGUGGAUACUGAAACUCUAAGGAACACACCAAUCUAUGACAGAAUAUACCACAUCCUUGUUAGCAGAGAUUAUUUCAUACCUGGCAAACUUAAAGGUUUUGAACAUGGGGAAUCACCGCUUCCAUGGCUGAGUGAGCAAAAAUCCCCUCGACUUCUAAAAACUCAUGGUCUUUAUGAAUUCGCCCCAAAGGAUGCAAAAACCGGAAAGUGCAAGGUCAUUGUAGCAACUAGAAAUCCAAAGUCAACAUACCUGAGUUGGUUCAAAUUGAUGCAAACAUUAACCCCGGUCUUCCCCGAUGGUAUUACUUGGGAAGAUUAUUUUGCUGCAGUGAUAUCAGGAGAGAAUAAACACUUGGUACUUGGUACAUGGUUUGACUUCUAUCUGGAUUGGUGGAAACAUAGAGAUGAUAUGUCCAUUUAUUUUCUCAACUAUGAAGCUCUUUUCAAGGAUGGUAGAAAUGGUAGAAAGGUUAUCAAAGAGUUGACAGAAUUUUUGGGUAAAACAUUAACAGAAGAAAAGAUAACAGAGAUACUAAAAUACAUUGACUUUGAUCAAUGUAAACAGAACCCAUCAUUUAGCAAGGCCCUCAAGAAUAUGCCAACGACAUCAGAAAAGACCUCACAUAUGAGAAAGGGCAAGAUUGAUGACUGGAAGAAUUACUUCACUGUGGCCCAGAGUGAACAAUUUGAUCAACUUUAUAAAGAGAAAAUGGACGGAUCAGGAUUUCCAGAACCAGUGUAUGAGUAGCAUAGUCAUGAGUCAAUAUCAAGACCAAUACUAGUGCAGUUGAUAUGAAAUUAGAGACACAAUUUUAAAUUGAUAUACUAAUAAUAUUGACAAAAUUCUGUCAAAAAAACAUUAAAAUCUCUCACCAGAUUUACACAGAGUACAAUCAGUUCAGGCAUGUAUUGGCACUUUUGACCAGUCUUAAAUUCAAAUCACCAUCUCUUGUUAGUAUAUAGAUUAUGUCUAAACUAAACAAAAUUAUCUAACAACAUUUUGUGAAAUUCAUAUCCACUGUAUUUCAUAGAAACAUAUUUUUAGAUAAAAUAUAACUUUACCUAAAC